GACAAGUGUUUCGAGAACCAGACACUGCAUAAUCAUGAUGAACUUUUGUACAUUGACCUUUGUCAAGCCAUGAACACCGGAGAUAUUGGUUGUGUUGAAGCAUUGUUUCUCCCUUGGAUUCAUAUGUUCAAAGCUACUGGAAAGCAUAAAUAUGCAUCACAGAUGUCAAGGUUCCUGAUGAACCUUCAAUUCAAUUAUCCAGUGGCUUUGAGUAAUAUAGUGCGGAUGAACUUACUAUGUAACUUAACCGGCAAGCCAUUUGCUUUUUGUGCAGUUGACUGGGUUGUCGAGUGCAACAAUUUGUAUACAAAGGUUAGCGAAUUAUACCGAAACUGCCAUGUAAUGAUGGAAAAUGCAUUCCAUCUUCAGCAUUGCACAAUCCAACAUGCUGCACCUGACAUGACGAAGACAAUUCAGAAAUUGGCAGCGCGAAUCAAACAAAAGAAUCCACAUACCAAGAAGGAAGGCUGA